AAUCAUUUCGCGCAAUUGUAGGUAAAUAAAAAUCCACCCGUAAUUGUUCUUAAGUGAGGGAUGUUUGAGUUGGUAAUUAUAACAAAUUCCACUUUACCUAAUUUGUCUUUUUGGUUUAGGUAUUGAGUUGUAUGUUUUCUAGUAUAGUAAGCAAUCCAUCUGGACCAACCUCACCAUCAACAGUGAUAUAUCUUCUCUUAUAAUUAAUAUUGUCUUGUCAUUUCAUAAAAGCAUAGUAAACAAAAGGCAUAAAGGAAAAAAACAUAAAGUAGAUAGAAGUUGAACUGAACAAACGUAUUUCUUUUGUCUACUCGUUUUCUCACGUGAAACCACGAAAAUUCAAACUAUUGCUACACAUUGCGUAAAAACUCUCCCAUUAUAUUCAUGAUUUCAUACGUAUAAUCAGCUAAAACAGGGAUAAUAGUUUUUUUCUUUGUGUUUUUGUUUUUUCUUCGGAUGCUAAAUUUUCCCGCAAUAAAUAAUUUUAAUAUUUUUCAUGUCUCCAUCUCUUCGUACAUAAAUAAAUUAACCAAAAUUUGGAAAAAUAAAUAAAUAAACCAAAUUGUAAUUUCACGAAAAAAAUGUUGAAAACUACCAGGUAAGCAAAGGUUACACAUCAUAUUUUGCCCGUCAUCAUACACAUCAUCAAAAUUAGACUUGGAUUGGAUUCAAGAAGAAAGUCGAGAGUUGACAGAGACAAAACUGUAGACAGGAAUUAAAUUUAGAAAGUAUAUUAUAGUACUACUAUCUAUCUAUACUUAAAGUAUAUAUUAACCUUAGAAUACCUAGCUUUGUUACAAUAAUGAGUAGGUAGCCAAGAUGAACCUACAUGUAACAGUUCUACCAAAAUAUAAACCUAACAAAAUGAAGUUUCUAUAACGUAUUGCCAUAAUCUGUGGAGUAUGAAGACCAGAUGAAAGAUUUUAUUUUCAUUGUUUAUAAUCAUAAAAUCAGGAAUUGAGGACACUUCAAAAGUUUUAGAGUAAAACGUCAAAACAACAAUAAGUGUAGAUUACUUUAAAGGUGGAGUAAGUCAAUGUAAUGAGAUAAAGUAUGUGUAUUAAGUAUUCUAAAUCAUUUUGAUAAAAUAUCAAUAAAGUGUUGACUAAGAUGUAUGUAUAUACAUAAAAACAUAUAUUUAUACACAGAGAAUGGUGAUUGAUGAAGAUGGUUAAGUGUAACUUAUCUCCCAAGGAACUCUUCUGGCAAAUACAGCGCAGCUAUGCCAACACCAGCAAGGAACAACCAUGCCUCUAGCGUGCAGAUUCAACAACCAAGAACAAGAUCUUCUCUUCCUCCUUCUCCAAUCGCCUUCAAGGAACAACAAGGUAGACCACCUCCCACCACACAACAAACAAUAACCGGAAAACUCUUUAGAAAUCUCUUCAAGGGUCUUCUCUUCUCACAACUGACCUUAACCUCACUCUUAGUAAUUGUCCUCACCAUUCGCGGUCUCAUCUUAGCAAGUUCACGCCAUUUCCACCCCAAGAAAUGGUAUCCUCCUUUGCUAGCAUCAGUAUCCGUCUCAGGAGUUGCAUCUUUAGCCUGGCAAUGCAUCUUUAUCUACACUCCAUCGAGAGCAGUCCGAGCAACGUUCUGGCUUAGCCCUAUACUCACCUGCUCGGUGGGUAUCUUGCUUGUUCUCAUUGGCUCAGCGGUAGAUGCUGGGAUUGGUGCUGUCUUUGUGCUUUUCGCCAUCACUCAGUCUUUAUACGGUUGCUGGAUCUCUCCGAGGCUUGAAUACACCGACAAGAUACUAUCACUCUCCACAGCUUUUCCACCUCCAAGAACCAGAGAAGUAGUCAGUUUAUCGAUCGUGGUAAGUGUGGUUUACUCUGGCUUCUUGGUGACUGGCAUAGGAGGUGCAACUUCCACUAGAACAAAUCUAGAUCUCUUGUUCAUAUCCGUAAUCUUGAUAGGGUUAGCAUGGACCAUGCAAGUUCUCAAGAACGCACAACAAGUUGCUGUUUCGCGUGCGAGAUACGUAAACUUUGCACACGGAGAAGAUAUGGAUGCAUGGAGUGCGUUACACGUCACUGUGAAGCACUUGAUUGGGAGCAUAUGCAUUGGCUCGACGCUUGUUCCGAUCAUAGUACUCAUCAGAGGAUCGAUCAGAAGCGUUAAUCUAAUGUCAGGGAGCAGCGACGAGGUUAUGUACUCAGGUGCUGACUGCUUCUCCACCCUCGCCAACAAGGUGGUUACGUGUGGAAACAGAUGGGGCUUUGUGCAUGUGGGAACGUAUGACAAAGGGUUCGUGGAGGCUUCGAGUGAUACUUGGAAGAAGUUCAGAAGUGUAAACGGGUUAGAGGAAGUGAUUGAUUCGGAUCUCACUAGCUCCUUGUGCUUCCUCAGUGCGGUUUCUGUUGGAGCAGUCUCUUCGUUGACUUCAGGAAUAUGGAUGUUGUUAAUCCACAAGGACUAUGCAUUGGAAGUAACGCUCUAUGCUUUCAUAAUUGGAUAUUUUGUGGGCAGGGUAGCUUUGGCGUGGCUACAAGCGUGUGUCUCGGCUUACUAUGUAGCUUACUCUGAAGAUCCUCAUAGCAUGCGGUUUGAUGGUACGAUUCCACAGCGUAUUCAACGUCUUCAGAUGUUAAGGGCUCACCGAGAUAACAGGGAGAGGGAGAGACAAGAGAGUGAUGAGUCUCCAUGAGAUUCGUUACAAACAUGUAAAGAAAAACAAGGAUUAGUACUUUUAUUUGUUUUUUCUUCAAGAUACAAAUUUAUUGAUAGGAACGUUAGUUUCCAUGUGUUCAUAUGCCAAAAAAAAAACUCCAGUUAAAGAUUGAAAAUGAAUGUGGCCUAGUAUCCAUAUUCUUCAUAAAUUUCUAUAACCAAAAAAAAUCGAAUAUCAAAAUAUCCGAACAGAAACCGAUUGGAAAACCGAAAUAUCCGAACCGAAAUCGAUUCGAAAACCGAACACUCUAUGCAUAGUGGAUACUCUUUCCUCACGAAACAUUUCAUUUUAUAAGUAGUGAUCCGUUUUCAGCCAAGAGAC